UCGGAGCUGUCCGUUUCACCUACAGCGCUGGUCUCAUCCUCAACCCAACCACAACCAUGGCUCAGACGCUGGCUCUGAGCUUCCUCAGUCUUCUCCUGGCUCUCUGCGUCCCCUGGACAGAAGGCAGUGAUGGAGGGGGCCAGGACUGCUGCCUUAAGUACAGCCAGAGGAAGAUUCCCUACAGUAUUGUCCGAGGAUACAGGAAGCAAGAACCCAGCUUAGGCUGCCCCAUCCCGGCCAUCCUGUUCUCACCCCGGAAGCACUCUCAGGCCGACCUGUGUGCAAACCCUGCGGAAGACUGGGUGCAGAAGCUGAUGAAACGCCUGGAUCGGCCUCCAGCCCCGGGGAAGCAGCGCCCGGGCUGCAGGAAGAACAGAGGGACCUCCAAGUCUGGAAAGAAGGGAAAGGGCUCCAAAGGCUGCAAGGGGUCUGAGCAGACUCCAAGAGGGCCAUAGCCAGUGACCAGCCUGGAGACCCUCCUUGAACUUCAUCACAGCUUCGAGCUCCAACUCACGGGCAAAGAGGAAGUUACAAAACAGAAAUGCUCAGGGGCCCCAGAGCACCCACACCACGCUGGCCCUAUCACACCCUUGUCCUGCUUCAACCAUCCAUCUGCAUGGCCGUCCCUUUCCUAUGUGGUUGAGCUGCCUUUCCCAGGACAGACCCAGAGAGGGAAGAAAGAGAAUCUCGCAGAAAAUGAAGAAGAGGGCAGCAGGACUGUCCUCCCUAAGAGGUCACUCAGGUCCCAAGACCUGCCCUUGCUGUCCACGGCACCCUACCCUUUUCCUUGCAGAUAUGAUUUAUACUUAACUGAAUAAAAAGCUGCUGCAGCCUCAA